AGCUGAAUCAAAAUGGUGGUAUUAAUAAAAACAGAAAAUAAAUAAAAUAUCAUUGAAUUGCGUGAAUUAAAUAUUCUCCCACUUGGAGUUACAUCUGUUAGCUCUGUAUUUUUAUUGAACACAGGUUUUAUUAUAGAGAGGCAAGGAGAGAAGUAAAAGAAAAAAAAAAAAAGGAGUAGGAUCAUCAGAAUCCAAGUUAAACCAGCAUGAAACUUGUGUAAGGUGGAAGAGGAGUUGAGGCAUAGCAUAGCAUAUCUCAUGGGCACCUUUCCCCAUCCCCCCACAAUACUCACUAGUUGGAUUUCUGCAUUAGUACUAUGCCAGUUUAUUCUGCGACUGACUGGCGUCAUUAUAUUCAUGUCAAAUCAUCAAAAGUAUAUUUAAUAAAUAUAUUAUUUUAUUAGAUUUAUUUAUCAUUUAAUUAUUUAUCAAUAGUGUGUUAUUACUAUAAUUCAUUGUACGGUAUGACGUACCUAAAAUAUCGUCAUCUAGAUCGUCGUCGUUGUCGUCUUCGUUGAUCAUCUGUAACAUUCAGCCUGAUCAACAGAAGAUUUAUCAUUAAUAUUAAUUUAAUUUUAUUGUUAAAAUAUUAAAUAUCAAUAAUGCGUCAUCAUAAUAGUGGAUAUUUGGUGCAUAAUGGAAGUGAUCAUCAUCGAGCUUAUUCAACAGAUGGUGAAGAAAGCCAUCCAGGUAUUCGAGAACCAUCUGAAUAUGCUGUUGUUCACAAAUCCCAUUCAAUGAUAAAACCAGUUGGAUCUGUUGAAAAAAAUCACAGAUCAUUGUAUGAUAAAGAAAGUGAAAAAAGACAUGGAUCAAGAAAUGGAAGAGGAUCUGAUUAUUCAAGAGAUUCACCACCAAAUGUUCAUCGUCAUAAUGGUUUUGGAUCAGAAAUUUAUGUUAGUAAUGGUGCAUACAGAGCUACAUCUGAUUUAAGUGCAAUACCAAGUUCAAAAAUUGAUGACAGAGCACCAAGUCAUUACAGUUAUGGCUCAGCAAGAUCUGGUGGUUCAACAAUUAAAACUAAAACAUCAAGACAUGGUGGUAUUGUUGUUGAAACAAUGUCAACACCAAAUCCAUUUUGUCCAAAUACAAAAGGAAUGUGUUGUUUAUUAUUAUUACUUAAUUUGGGUCUCAUUCUUGUGACACUUGGUUUUGUUAUUGUUGUACAAUUUUUUGAACCAAUUAUUGUUUGGAUUCUUGGUAUAGUAUUUUUAAUAUUUGGCAUGAUGACACUUGUUGGUAGUUUAAUUUAUUGUGUUCAUGUGUUUAAAAAUGCAAAACAUCCACAUGAAGUUAAUCCAGAAGAUUUAUAUUGGACAAAACAUUGGCAAGGACAUGUUGGUUCUGCUCCUGAGAUUCAUUAUAAAGCUGGUGAUAAAUAUCCAGAUGAUGGUGCUAGCGAUCGUUACAGUAAAUACUCGACAAAUUAUUCUGAUCGUCGUAGCAACAGAUACUAAAGAUUAUUUUCCUUUUUUUUUUUUUGAAAUUAAUUUAUUUAUAAAUAUAUAUUUACUAUUCGUUAAUUUUUAUUAUUUCUUUUUCAUUUUGAAAUUGACAAAUUACCAAAUAGUAUAUUAAAAAUAUUCAUUUAAAAAUAAUUUAUUUGAAUUAUUAUUAUUGUUUAGUAAUUAGUUAGUUAGUUUGUUUAUUUUUUAUUUUUUUUGUUUAUAUAACUAAUAGACUGGUCCAAC